AUGCCAAUGUUCGGUGGCUCUCGAAUGAUCGAAAAUGGCAGAGACUAUGUGCUACCAUUUGAUGUAUUCUCUCCACUUCCACCGGGUCAGCCGAAACCUGAUGAAUGGCGCAAAACCAACAAAAAUGUUUUUGUUGGAGAUGCAGCUAGUGAGUGGAAAGCAAACAAGAAGUUGGAAUUGUCCACUUGCAUGUGUGAAGAGGACACAGGCUGCGACGAGAACUGUCAAAACCGGUACAUGUUCUAUGAAUGCGACAGCGGCAACUGUAGACUCGGCCCGGAAUGUGGAAAUCGCAACUUCAGCGAGCUCAAGCACAGGACAAAGGCCGGUGGCAAGUACAACAUCGGCGUCGAGGUGAUCAAGACCUCCGAUCGUGGGUACGGUGUUCGGAGUAAUAGGACUUUUGAGCCGAACCAAAUCAUCGUGGAGUACACCGGAGAAAUCAUCACGCAGUUUGAGUGUGAGAGGCGAAUGCGAACGGUGUACAAAAAGAAUGAGGUGGGCUUCCCUCUGCUCUUCCACUUUUCUUACGAAUGCUUACCAAACUUUUCGCUUCAGUGCUACUACCUCAUGUACUUUGAUCAGAACAUGAUCAUCGAUGCUACCAGAGGAUCAAUCGCUCGCUUCGUGAACCAUUCCUGUGAGCCAAACUGCCGCAUGGAAAAGUGGACUGUUGCUGGUAAACCACGCAUGGCUCUAUUCGCGGGUGAUCGUGGCAUCAUGACCGGUGAGGAACUGAGUUACGAUUACAACUUUGAUCCCUACUCGCUCAAGAAUGUCCAGCAGUGUCGCUGCGGCUCAGAGAAUUGCCGAGGCAUCCUCGGACCUCGUCCAAAAGACAAAGACCAGCGAGCAAAAAUGGAAGAAAAGGCACAGGCUGAGAAGGAGGUCAAGAAACCAGCAGGGAAGAAGCGCAAGCUGGCAGAUGCCGAAAGCGCAGAUUCGCAGAAAGGAAAGAAGCGCAAGAUUCUCAACGCCAAAUCGAUCAAGGCUGGGGUCAAAAAGGUCGUAGCCAAAGCCACCGCACGCGGGAAGACGGGCUCCAAGAAAACAGUCAAGUCUGCGACAACAACGAAGUCGAAGGCCAAAAAGACCGUGACUUUGCCCAAGGUCAAGGUCGCAUCCAGAGUCAAGGCUACUGUUGCGAAUGCAUCUCAAUCAAAGGGAAAGGCCGCCAAGACAAAAGUAACUGCGGCCUCCUCUUCGAAAGGUUCAUCGGUUCUCAAGCGCCCUUCCCUCGAGACCAAGAAGAAAAUCCUGGCGCGAGCGAAGGGCACCGGUCGCGCUUCACCGAAGAAGUCGCCUGCAAAGAUCAAGAAAGGCGACGCGAAAUCACCUCGUAAGCCUGCUGGCAAAAAGGCGGCGGCAAAGAGUCCUGUGAAGCCUCGCGUGCCUCCUUCUAAGGUCAAGAAGAAUGGCACUGGUUUUGGCACCAAAGCACAGCGUACCAUAAAGGGCAGUGUGAAAAAGGCUACGAAGAGCGUGGUCCGCACUAUCAAGGGAAAGUCCUCUUGA